UUUAUUUUUUUGGAAAGUUAUAAAUGAGAGCGGAAUAUGUUUUGUUUUAUUUAAUUGCUUCUGGAGAUUUGACGGAGUCUGACAGCCCGUAAACCCGACCAAAAUAUCUGGAUGCGGAUCCUUUUGGUUCAAGAUCCGAUAAACUAAUUGGAUCGGAUACGAAUCCUGAAUCCUGAACCUACACGCGAUAAUCUUAAUAUUAUCGGAUGCGGAUUCGGAUUUAGCUCGUUUCAAUCCGAUAAUAUGCUACCGUCGCGGUGGCAUAUACUGAGAUACCAACGACCGUUGACGGGAGAUUGCGACAACGAUCGAAAGCAGCCACCGCCACUCCGGUCGCGGUGCCGAACGCUAAUCCCGACAACUCUUCCGUUAGUACUGCACUUCUCUCUCCUCUCUUUCCCUCUCUCUCCCCGGCAACAAAAUUUGGAUAUCUUGGUAGAUUUCCUUUUUGAAUUAUUAAAUGGUUCAAUUGUUUGAUCAAGAAAAGUGCAAGAAACCAAGCUUAUACUGCAGAGAUUGGUUUUGCAGAUUAAAGAAAAAUGGGAAUAAUUAGGAGCAGUUUCUCGUUUUUGCUAGGAGUCGGCUGUGGUGUUUACAUUGCUCAGAACUACGAGGUUCCAAACAUAAAGAAGCUUGUGAGUACAUGGAUGUUGAAGACGAAGGACAUCGAAGAGACUUAUCGAAAGCCCAAGAAAGAUGAAGACUAGAAGCAUUCACCUAUGGAAAAUUACACUUGAGAAAAAAGAUCAGUAAUACACAGUAAAAACCGCCCUGAUGCCAUAGAGUGGCACAAACAAAUAAAUCUUGGGAUCACAUUUGUAACCCCUGAGAUCUUGGCAAGUAGUUGUUACACUGCAUUCUCAGUUUUUGUCUAUAUUCAUAAUUGAAGUGUUUUCGCCAAUUGCCUUUUGUUAAUGUGAAAUUUUGAAAUAGAAUUAUCUUUUUUGGUA